UUUCAAUUUUUCUUUUAGGUUUGUAAAGUUCCAUGCAUGAGUUCUCUAAGUCUUCAGUCACACUAUCGUGGUGUAAAGCAUAAAAAGAUCUGUAACAGUAAUUUGCUUGAAAAAUCCCAAGAAAAAGAUGAGGUGGAAAUCUCACAACUCUGUUUUGACCAGCAUGUAACUUGAAACAUCAACCAUACCUAAAGAAAGAGAAAGCCCUGAGACCCGAGACUGUCUAUUAAGCUGAGAACAUGAAUCCAGGCUGUCGUAUGUCAAUGAAAACAAGAGUUGUAGUGAAAGGUUGAAAACGUGGGAUAUAACUAGCUCACGGUGGAAAUGGAAGUCUUGUUGUAAAGGCACUGAUGGUGACAUACAAGAUUUUCAAAGUACAGGAAGCAGAGAACAUUGGCAGGUAUGGGAAUACAGAUAAAAACCAAUGAGCAGAUUAAAAACCAAAAUGGUUAUACAGUCAGUCAUCACAAGAAAUAAGCGUUUUGCUUCUACUUUAUUUUCUUAGCCUGGCCUCUUAAGAAACAAGGCUUACAUUCUGGCUUUGUCAUCUGUUCUCCAGUAUCUUUUGAAUCUCUCAGCCUUUUUGAACCAAGUUGAUCAAGGGUUCCUGAAAUUACACAUCUGCACAGAGAAGAGAGAUGGUAUCAAUCCUCUGCUGAGGGAAGUGCUGCAGACUGAGCUCACUACUUACUGGAUCCUGAAGAAUCAACACAAGAGAAAGACUUAGAAAAGCACUGGUCAGAGUCCAUUGUCGAAGAGACUGGGCUUCAUUAGCUGCUCUCGUGGUUUGCUGUUGACAAGAGAAUAUCAGUGCAAGACAUGUCAUUCAAGUCCUCCAGAUCCGGUCCAAACUCCGAUGAAGUAUGAAACACAGAGACCAGUGAAGAGAGGACUCACAAAGGACAUAACCUGUCUGAAGGAUUUUAUGAAUGAUCCCAUAAGAGAUGAACCGCUAGUUGGUUUAGAACAUGUGGUUGAAAUCAGAUUUGAAGGAAGAAAAGAGCCGCAUUAUGAAUGCAAGCUGUGUGGGUUGAAUACAGAGAUGGCACCUAUGAUAGAACAUCUUAGUGGAUAUAAACACAGAAGAGCAUACAUCUCUAAAGAAUUUCCCGAUAAAAUGAAGAAAAAGAAAACAGAUGUAAGAGAAUGCAAAGUCUCAUUUUUCAGACGGAUAGCAGGAGAGCUAGAGAAGACUGAAGGGUUAAAAAUGUAUAAGAUCGAAGGUUACGUAAGACCAAGUACCUCACCCCCAUCAAAGAAGAAAGCAAGGCGGGAAGAUUACUGUAAGCAUGAGAAUGAUCCUGUUCGGAAACAGAAAGCUCUAGAGUUCUUGGAGACUUUUCACAUCACCUCAGACUCAGAAGCAACACUUGUUGUUCAUAUUACGCAGGAACUCACAGAAGCUUUGAAGGCCUUUUGUGAAAAGAAAGCAGCAGUUAAUUAUACUAACAGUCUGAGGCCCCUGAUGUCAAUAUCUCAGGAUGAAUUUCCAGGAAAGAAAAGCAUCCCAAAACAGUAUAAGCCAUAUGGAAAAUCCAAAGGAAAUUCUAACUGGAAUCAAGGUUUUUUGUCUCAGUAUGAAGAGUGUUCUGCAGCUGCUUCUUUUGCCCCUGCUAACUCAUACACUUACCAAACAGAUGAUGGAUCAUCUUCCUAUGGACUAAGAUCUAAUGACUUUGCAAUGAUGUCUGCGCUCAGGGACUCUUUUGCUCUUCAGACUGGAAGUCCUGCCAGUGGUAUCAGCGAAUGGCUGAGACAGUUCAGCCGAUCUGCUGCUGGCAGUAAUUCAGCUGGUGGGGCCGCUUCCUAUGAGACAAGUCCAGUGAGUGAGUACUCAGCAGAAUGUAUGUCCAACGAUGUGCGAGGAAGUAAGCUCCCUGAUAACAGAAUCUUGUGUGGCGGGGAAAGUACAAACUGGAGGAGUCAACAAGCGUGUACAAAAGCAAGAAGUGUAAGUGAUCAAAGAUUAUCCUAUCCCAAUUCUUCUGCCUCAUAUGCUUCAUCUGGAAGAUAUUCCACAAACUAUCUUUUGCAAAGCUAUUCCUCUUACAAGAAUGAUGAGUCUGUGAAUACUUGUAUAUCUUCUGCAAAUUCUGCUGUAUCAGGAAGAGGUGGCUCCAGGUGGAAUCAGAGCUCUAGCUGGAAUCAGAGCUCUGGCUGGAACCAUGAGAGCUCUAGCUGGAACCAUGAGAGCUCUAGCUGGAAUCAUGAGAGCUCUAGCUGGAACCAUCAGAGCUCUAGCUGGAACCAGGAAUCUAGCUGGAACCAGGAAUCUAGGUGUCAGGGAUUCAGGCAUCAGAAGUCAGGCUACAAGAGUGAUUGGAGUUCACAUCAGUACUCGUUUUCAGGCAGUGGUUCGUACAGAGAUUACCAGCAAUUCAGAAGCUCAGAUAAGAUGUUUGAUGAAGAUUCUGUUGGUCUCACUCCCAACAUUUUGAAUAGACUACGAGGAAAGGAUGUACCUACAAUGACCAGGAUGCUCAAACAGUUGGCUCCAUAUUAUCCAGCACUUCAAAAACUAAAUAUUCAGACAUUAGUCAAUGUGCUAGUAGAAACUAGAGGAAAAGAUUAAGGAGCAACAGCAGCUGAACUGGAAACAGAUGAACAGAUUGGAGAAUCUCCAUCUCUCGGAUUUCAGGAAAGAGACUGCAUUUAAUUCUGUGUUUGACUGGUUUUGGAAGGGGAAAGGGAGGUAGGGUUUAAUUUCUUAACAUGUGAAAUAUAGCUGGAACACAAACUUGCACAUAACGGAGGUGAACAUACUAUUUUGUUUAGGCUUUUUUUAAUGUAUUUGUUAUAUCUUAGUAUAUUACAGAAAAAAAUUUUUUGUUAUUUUUUGAAAAUAUGUUAAUGUUAUUCUGUCAGCAAAAAGCUAAUAACCCUUUUAACACCCUUCCCAACUCAGAAAAAAAGAAACGUUUAGUUUUAUGUUAUCUACUUAGAAUAUUCACUGAAAAUACAGGUCCAUUGCAUGAAAAUACAGGUUUACUUUUCUUCACACAAAUGUAAGGCCAGUUCAGUUAAUUUGAGGCUUUAUAAUUAGCAUAUUUUUAGAAAGUGAUACACUACAUUUCUGUUUAGACGAAGAAAGGAGAAUGUCACAGCAAAGGUAUUCUCUGUCUUAACAUGAUGCUAUAUGAGGAAAAUGUAAUCUAUUCUAGGGGAUUGGUAUGUAAUGGAGCAUAUUACUUGCUUUCAUUUUUGCAGAGUAAAACCAGUCGUGAAAUAUAUACAGAUUUUUUUAUCACAUUGUUCGGAAUGAAAUGGUUACAAAUCAACUAAAAAAACUCAUUUGAUGGAUUGGUCCAUACUAAAAUAAAAAUUCUUGAUUCUUUCUACUGGCAAAAGCGUACUAAGAAAGAGUAGAACCUAUAAGGCAGUCAGCUAAAAUAACAAGGAAAAAUCAAAAUGGCAUGUUAACUGAGAAACACUUACCAGUUCGUGAUGUUUGUCAGUGGUCCCUACUUAUGUUUUCUUUUCCCCACGCUUCUGAGCCACAUGCUCAUGAAUGCCUGGCUUUAGAUGUCUACUUUAUCUAAUCAAAUCAAGCUUACAUGGAGCUAAAGAAAAGAAGUGAGACAGUUUACUCUCCAGUGUCCGUUUUCCUUUUCACUGCUGUGUUGUGGACUAUCAUACCUGAAAUAUUUCUCUGUCUCUGUGCAUUAAAUACUUGUGCUAAACCAGGGUUAGUAUGAGCUGUCAUAGUAUCUUUUUGCGUUCACUAAAAUAACUUUUUGGAUCUUGUCAUGUAAAUUUUAACAAAAAGGCAUCAAAGCAAUUUAUUACAGAGCAUACAAACUUGAUUCCCUAAAAUCCUCCUUUUGUAAUUGUUUUGCUUGUGCAUCAGAAAAGGUGCACUUUCCUUCUUCAUUCCUGUUCACUACUUCCUUUUUUCCUUCUCAUACUUAUUGAAGGGUUUAAGUAGUUUCUAAUGGCGUACGCUUAGUAGUUGUGCCAUACACUUUUAUCCAUUGAAUUACAUAGUAGACCUUCUUGCUUAAAGGGGAAAAAUACUAUUGUCUACCACAGGUGUCUGCCAGAGUUUUGAUUUAAAACUCUGUGGGACUGAUCAGUUAUUAUAUAUGUUUAAAAAUUAUCAGAAAUUAUUUACACAAAUGUUACUACCAUAGGUUUUUUUUCCACAGAAAUUGUAGUGCAGCUAAAAUUCUGAAACUGUAGGAAAAAACAUUGCUAGCAAAUGUUACUGCUACAACUCUGUCAAUUCAAGUUAAGACCUUUUCAGCUGAGGUUGUUGUAGAGAGCUCUUUCUUCCCAUUUCUCGCUCCCUUUGGGAUUUUACUGCCAUUACUGUAUAUCCCAGUGGCAUACAGCAGCUAGAUGAUCUCUGCCCAAAUUAGAUGCUCUUUCUGCCUACACAUUCCCUUCUUAUUUUUCGUUCUGGGGAACAGUUCCUGUCCCUGCUUCUUGUUGUGCAGGGUCCUGCAUUGGGGAAACGGUUCUUGCAUUUUGAAACGGAGUUGGAGUAGUGACCAAGUUAAGAGAGGAAAUGCUUUUCAGCAUUUAUUUACUAAAGGUUUCCUGAGCUGUAGAUAGCAUUUGGAGUCUUGUAAAUGCCCUUCACUGCUCUGUUUCAAUUUUCAGUUCUUACCAAAAUCAGUGAAAUUUUUGAGAUGAUUGUCUGUUGGUUCUUAUACACAAGUACUAUCAUGUAGGGAAUUUUUUUUAAGCUGGUGGUAUCUUGUAAUAUGGACUCCAAGCCUGCCUUAUCUCUUGGGUGCAAUUACUAUCAGCAGUGUGGUGUUCUCAGUUUUCUUUCAGUCACUUGGCUGAGCCAGUUUCAGCUGUAUCACUGCUUUCUCCUUAAUUGUCUUUUUAUCUUUCUUCUUUCCAAAGAUCUUCCUAGCUUUGGAAAUUAAGAGCUUCACUGUGCAAUUUCUGUACUGAUACUGGCCUGGGGUCUGCCAGUUGGCACUCCCAGGUUUGACUGACUUUUGGUCUAUAGCUGUGACCUCUGCAACUGGUUUCAGAGACUCUUCUCUUGUGUCCCAUGCCACCUGCCAACAGGUAUAGCUGCCUUGUGUCAAACAAGUAGCAUCUUCGUUAUUGCAGGAACACAUUCCUUUCAAUUCAUAGUUCAAUUUCCAGUUCAAUUUCAUAGAAUCA